AUGGAGAUCUCGGAUGAAGCGGUGGUUGUAAAUUCUAGUAGGCUGAAAUCUGUUGUGUGGAACGAUUUUGACAGAGUAAAAAGGGGCGAAUCAUUUGCAGCCAUAUGUCGGCACUGUAAAAGAAUACUGAGCGGAUCAAGUACGAGCGGAACAUCUCACUUAAGAAAUCAUCUUAUCAGGUGCCGUAGGCGGUCGAACCACGAUGUGAGUCAGUUGUUAACUAGGGGGAAAAGGAAGCAGAAUAAUGUUGCACUUUCCAAUUUCGCUUACAAUCCAUCUUUGGUGAAGAAGGAGAUAGUAACUGUCGCGAGUACAAGCAUUGGGCAAGGGCUGAACACAGGAGGUUACAAUUUUGAUCAAAGGCGGAGUCAGCUACUUCUUGCACGCAUGAUUAUGAUGCAUGGUUAUUCUUUGAGUAUGGUUGAGGAUAUUGGCUUCAGGAUGUUUGUUAGGAACCUUCAGCCCUUGUUUGAUCUUGGGACGGUUACCAGAGUUGAGGCUGAUUGUGUAGAGAUCUAUAGAAGGGAGAAACAGAGGGUGUAUGAGGAGUUGGAUAAAUUACCUGGAAAGGUGAGCCUUAGUGCUGAUAAGUGGACUACUAAUGUCGGCACAGAGUAUUUUUGCUUGAUAGCCCACUAUGUUGAUGAUUCUUGGGAAGUGAAGAAGAAGAUUUUAAAUUUCUUGGUUAUUGAUCCUUCUCUAGCAGAGGACACACUGUCAGAUUUAAUUAUGAGUAGUCUUGGGAAUUGGGAUAUUGAUAGAAAGUUGUUCUCGUUGACAGUCGAUAACCGACCGAGCUAUGACAAAAUUGUGUGUAGAAUCAGGGAUCAACUCUGCCAGAACAGGUUUCUUAUGUGUGAAGGGCAGUUGUUUGAUGUACGCUGUGCAGCAAGCACCAUCAAGUUACUGGUACAAGAUGUCCUGGAAACAUCACACGAGAUAAUUAGUAAAGUUCGGGAAACCAUAAAGUAUGUCAAAGGUUCUCGAGUUACAGAAGAGAAGUUUAACGAGAUAGUGCACUUAGUUGGUAUCAAUCGGCAGAAAUGCUUGUCCUUUGACAAUCAGUUUCAGUGGGACUCGACAUAUGUGAUGCUUGAGGCUGCAUUAGAGUACAAAGAAGCCUUUCCCCAACUGCAGGAACAUGAUUUGGACUUCUCCAUGUGUCCAUCUGGUAUCGAAUGGGACAGGUUGAGGGCCGUAACGAGCAUCUUGAAGUUCUUUUAUGAAGUUUCUAAUGUCUUUGUGGGGCGCAAACACAUGACCGCAAAUUCUUAUUUUGCCGAGAUCUGUGACAUCCAUUUGCAGUUGAUAGAGUGGUGCCAGAAGUCAGAUGAUUUCAUUAGCUCGUUGGCUUUGAAGCUUAAAUCGAAAUUCGAUGAAUAUUGGAAAAAGUGCAGCUUGAUUAUGGCAAUUGCAGCAAUCUUAGAUCCACGGUUCAAAAUGAAACUGGUGGAGUAUUACUAUCCUCAGAUAUAUGGGGACACUGCUCCAGAUUGCAUUGACAUUGUUUCAAACUGUAUGAAAGCUCUUUACAGUGGUCAUGCUAUAUACUCACCUUUAGCUUCUUCGGAAAAUAGCUGUGGUGUCGUUAAGGAUAGGCUUACUGGGUUUGACAAAUUUCUCAAUGAAAAUUCUCUAGGCCAAAACAUAAAAUCUGACUUGGACAAGUACCUGGAGGAACCACUCUUCCCACGUAGUGUUGAGUUUAACAUAUUAAACUGGUGGAAAGUUCAUGAGCCGAGAUAUCCUGUGCUUUCCAUGGUUGCCCGCAACAUAUUGGGGAUCCCAAUAUCGAAAGUCACUCUGGAGUUCCUGUUUGACACUGGAGAUCGGGCCUUGGAUUAUUGCUGGAGCUCAAUGAAGUCAGAUACUCUGCAAGCUUUGAUGUGUUGUAAGGAUUGGAUGUGCCAAGAGUUAGAAGAUUCCAGGAGUCUUGAAAAUGAAACAUUUGCCCUGCGCUAUGAUGCAAAGUAG